AUGGCUCCAGUAGCAAGCAAAAACACCUCCUCCUCCAACUCCAAGCUUCACAUAGCCAUGUUUCCAUGGUUUGCGAUGGGUCAUAUGACUCCUUACGUCCACCUCGCCAAUGAGUUAGCAAAAAGAGGCCACAAGAUCACAUUUUUGCUACCAAACAAAGCACGACUCGCACUGCACCACCUGAACCGUUAUCCAAACCUCAUCACCUUCCACAUCAUCACCGUUCCAAACGUGGAUGGCCUUCCUCUCGGCACCGAAACUGCUUCCGAGAUCCCCCUUUCCCUGAACCACCUUCUAGUCGUAGCCAUGGACAAAACACGUAACCAAGUGGAGCAAGUAAUGAAAUCAACAAAACCUCACUUUGUGUUAUUCGACGUCGCGUAUUGGGUGCCAGAAGCCGCUAAAAAACUUGGUAUCAAAACAAUCUGCUACCAUGUUGUUUCCGCAAUGAGCAUGGCUAUGUCAUUCGUACCUGCAAAGAUUAUUCCCAAGGACAGACCCCUCACGGUGGAGGACAUGAGCCAACCACCGCCAGGGUACCCUUCCUCCUCAAACUCAAAACUAGUCCUUCGCCGCUACGAAGCAGAACAACAGAUGUUCGCUUCUAUUCCAUUUGGAGAAGGUGGAGUUACACUUUACGACCGUACUACAACGGGUUUGAGAGAAUGUGAUGCCAUUGCAAUCAAAACAACCACAGAGGUUGAAGGUUGUUUCUGCGACUACAUAGCAAUUCAAUAUCAUAAGAAUGUUCUUUUAACUGGGCCAGUUUUAUCUGAAGAGGCUGAGGGAGAAGAGUUAGAAGAACGUUGGGCCAAGUGGCUCGAUGGGCUUGGGCUUGGGCUUGGGCUUGGACUUGGACCCGUUGUGUACUGUGCAUUUGGGUCACAGGUAAUAUUGGGAAAGGCCCAAUUCCAAGAGAUACUGCUAGGGUUAGAGAUUUCAGGUUUUCCAUUUUUGGUGGCUCUGAAGGCUCCGGAAGGUUGCGCAACCGUUGAUGAGGCGUUGCCGGAGGGGUUUGAAGAGAGGGUGAAGGGAAGGGGAAUGGUUUCGAGAGGGUGGGUCCCACGGUCGUUGAUCUUGAAGCAUGGUUCAGUGGGGUGCUUUGUGAGUCAUUGUGGGCAUGGUUCGAUGUGGGAGUCUUUGAUAUUUGACAAGCAGAUGGUGGUGGUCCCGCACAUGGCUGACCAAGUGAUGAAUUCCAAGUUGGUUGUUGAUGAGCUGGAAGUGGCAGUUGCGGUGGAAAGAGGGGAAGAUGAUGGGUGGGUUUCCAAAGAGGGAUUGAGUGAAGCCAUUAAGUCGGUGAUGGAGGAAGGUAGUGAGUUGGGUGCCAGACUGAAAAACAACCAGGCCACGUGGAAGGAAAGGGGUUGGUGUCCAAAGGUAUUAAAUGGUUACAUCGAUAGGUUUGUUCAAGAGCUUCAUCAAGAGCUACCGUCCAAAGUCAUUAAUUAA